AUGCACAGCGGUCUUUUCUCUUUCGCAUCCACGAAUCUCAUCCUCUCGCUCUACAACUGCAACACCCAUGGCACAUCCUCCGCAAGGCCAAACAUCGUCGUAGGAAUGGCUCUCUUCUGCGGCGGUCUUGCUCAGCUCUUGGCUGGAAUGUGGGAGUUCGCGGUCGGGAAUACGUUCGGUGCGACUGUCUUCUCAUCCUACGGCGCCUUCUGGCUCUCCUACGCCACCAUCCUCAUCCCCAGCUCUGGCAUCGCAGACGCGUUCGCUGCGAACCCGAGCGAGGAGCCGAACGCGAUUGCGAUCUUUUUGAUUAGCUGGAUGGUCGUUACUGUUAUAUUUUUCAUCGCGUGCUUGAGAAGGAAUAUCGGCCUCCUGGCUCUCUUUGGGUUAUUGAUCAUCAUGUUCAUGCUCCUCGCUAUCGCCAACUUCACGGGAAAAUCCUCCGUCACAACAGCAGCAGGUGUCAUCGGCUGCAUCACGGCUUUCGUCGCUUUUUAUGAUGGUGCGGCGGAGUUGUUGACUGCGGAUGAUGCGUUUAUGUUGCCGUUGGGACAUCAGAUCACGAAGAGGAAUGUGGAUUGA